GAGAGGAACUAAAAUACAAGGAAAACACAAGCGAGGAAUCGGGACACGCGGGCCACACCAACCGUUUCGCUUCAAGUGAUUUUCUGUUAUCUGGAAUUUAUUCAUGCUCGCUCUCGUUUUCUUCGCGCGCUCCCCGGGUCUCACCUAAACCUCACAGUGCACAACCAGUGUAGUUGCUGCAGUGUGCUCUUCGGAACAACUUUCACCUAAUCUUCAUCUUCAUCAGGAGCACGCUACGGGGAGACGUCUCCCCUUUCAGGUGUAAAUACCAGCAAUGAGGGAGCGGGUGAAUCUCCACCACUACUUGUUUAUCGGCUUUACGAUGAUGAUCUUCUGGCAGGCACGGUCGAUGGCAGACGACUCAGGAACAGACGCUGUCAAAAACAACAUCACCCUGUUCACCAGAAUCCUCGACAGACUCCUGGAUGGCUAUGAUAACCGGCUUAGGCCUGGCCUUGGAGAUCGUGUCACGGAAGUGAAGACUGACAUUUACGUUACAAGUUUUGGUCCCGUUUCGGACACAGACAUGGAGUACACGAUAGACGUCUUCUUCCGCCAAAGCUGGAAGGACGAGAGACUGAAGUUCCACGGGCCCAUGAACAUCCUGCGGCUGAAUAAUCUGAUGGCCAGCAAGAUCUGGACCCCGGACACCUUCUUCCACAACGGCAAGAAGUCGGUGGCCCACAACAUGACCAUGCCCAACAAGCUGCUGAGGAUAAUGGAGGAUGGGACACUGCUGUACACCAUGAGGCUGACAGUCCAGGCAGAGUGUCCUAUGCAUCUGGAAGACUUUCCCAUGGACUCUCACUCAUGUCCACUGAAGUUUGGCAGCUAUGCCUACACGGUAACCGAGGUCACCUACAUUUGGAGCCGGAAUGCCUCACAGUCCGUGGAUGUCGCUGAGGAUGGUUCGCGGCUGAACCAGUAUGAUCUGCUUGGGCAGACCGUUGGGGAGGAAACCAUCAAGUCCAGCACAGGCGAGUACACCGUCAUGACAGCUCACUUCCACCUGAAGCGGAAGAUCGGAUACUUCGUCAUCCAGACCUACCUGCCUUGCAUCAUGACGGUCAUCCUGUCCCAGGUGUCCUUCUGGCUGAACAGAGAAUCCGUUCCAGCCAGGACCGUCUUUGGGGUUACGACGGUGCUGACCAUGACCACGCUGAGCAUCAGUGCCCGCAACUCGCUACCCAAGGUCGCAUACGCCACCGCCAUGGACUGGUUCAUCGCCGUCUGCUAUGCAUUCGUCUUCUCCGCCCUCAUCGAGUUUGCCACCGUCAACUACUUCACCAAACGCGGGUGGGCGUGGGACGGCAAGAGUGUGGUGAAUGACAAGAAAAAGGAGAAGGCCUCGGUCAUGAAGAAGAACAACGCGUACGCUGUGGCCGUGGCCAACUACGCUCCCAACAUCACAAAGGACUCAGCCUUGCCCACCAUUGCCAAGAGCGCCAGCUCCGAGCCCAACAAGGCCAAGCCCGACGCCAAGCCCGCCGAAAGCAAGAAGACCUUUAACAGCGUCAGUAAAAUCGACCGCAUGUCCCGGAUCAUGUUCCCGGUCCUGUUCGGCACGUUCAACCUGGUUUACUGGGCCACGUACCUAAACAGGGAACCCGUCAUCAAGGACAUGGUGCCUUCGAAGUAGGGGGCUGCCCCCCAGAUACAACGUAUGUGUGUUCCUAAAUAAGGGUGAAUGGAAAUGUGCCAAAUACAAACCAAUAACUGCUAAUAUAUGUGCUUUGGUGAGUUGGCGGA